GGGCGUCUGCGCGGGGGCUGUGACCGUCCGCAGGCUCCUCGCGAAGCGUGGCGGGAGGGUUUACCCGCUGUCUCGGCUGCCGGGCUGGCCUCUUGGAAGCGGGAAGGGGGAUUUUGCCGUGCCCGUGGCCGUCUCCCCUUCCUCGUGGUCGGGGGAGAGGCCAACCAGCGCGUCUGCGUACAAACAGCUCUGGGAAGCUCUGUGUGGGUGCUUAAGACAACUUUCUUGCAGAGAUGAGAGUUGCUGGCUCCCGAGACGGCCGUUGUUUGCUUUGAGCUGUGAGGAGCUAAGCUCCUUUUCACAAAGGAUUCUGACCAAAGCAGUUUCAUAAGCUUGAGCCGCUGGGGUUGAUUGAGCAUAGAGGACCAGUAUCUUCUUUGUAGGUUAUGCUAAGGGUGUAUCUCAUCUGGUAAAACCCUUGCAAAAAGUCCCUUGACUAAUGUGCUUUCUGCUGAGCAAUGAUGGGAGGGCACUGUUAGCUUUGUCCUGUGAAUACCGUGAGAACUUCUCUUUUGUUCAAAUGAGCUCAGAUUUAGUGUUUAUAAAAUGGUAUUUGUUGAUGUUUCUAAUUUGCUACUUCUAGUUUAUGUCCAGUAGUGCACCUCUCACUUGUUUCUUGUAACAAAAAAGGAAUGUUGUAGGUUUUUGAUUGGUAGCACUGCUUUUCCUCCCAGUGCUGUUGUACACCCCAUGCAAUUGAUUCCUCCUGUCGCGUUGCCGAGGUAGCAGUCACAAUAACAAACUGGCUGAGCUUUGAAGAAGGGUUUAGGGAUCCUUCAGAACAAAAGAUCCUCGAGCAGCACAUAGUUUUCUUGAGGAUGUGAUUGACCACUCUAGGCAAAAUGUGAGGGGUGAGGCUUAGCAUUUGAUUUUAUUAAACCCACUUUCUGCAAGUUUAGAGGAGCUUGGGAUGUUAUAAACAUGGUGAGCAGCAUCACAGCCUUCAAGUCAAACUAAGUUUGAUUUAGCUAUUUCUUUAUUAGGUUCUUCCCCCCUGCCCCCCCUUAGUAAAUGGACAAUAACCUUUAGUGAUUAACAUGUGGGAUUGGAAUAACCUGAACAUUAGUUCUGAGUCAUAAUUGAACCUUUUGAAGUCUUCCUGCCUGGGGACAGUUUUGACUCAAUAUUUUGGAGGAAAAUAUUUCCAUAGGAUGGAUUUAGAGCACCUAAAGAAGCUCCGUCAAGCCAACCAGGAUCUUCUACAGAGGCUCAGAAUAAAGCAGGAAGAGAUCAGAAAAAGACUUCACAGCAAGCCACUCUUGCCAACAUCUCUUCAUAAUAUAACAGCUGCUGAAAGAUCUGUCCCCUUGCCCGUGAGAGAGAAGGAACAUCAGAUUGAUGUUGUGAAGUCUACGGCUGACUCUGCCAUGAUGGUGUCUGUGGAACCUGGAGCUUAUGCAGCCAGAGCCACCUUCUGCUCAUCUCUUAAACACAACAACAGUGACAGAGGGGUACAGCAACAAGAAGUGCAGAUGCAGGAAGCAGUAGGUUUGGAUUCCAGCUUUCCUGAGAAAGAGAAGAAAGCCUCUGCAAUCAUUAAGUGGGACAGAGAGACCUCUGGAAUGGGUAGGGAUGGUGAAGCUCAAGGAAAUCCAGAGGAAGAAUCCUUCCAUUUAGGACACGGAGAGAACAGAAAACAGUCCACUCUGCUACAUGAUUUCCAUGAGAAAAAGAAGCUUAAGGUUCAUCCAGACCCAUCACUGAACAGAAUACAGCGUGAAGAGACCAGAAAGAAGCAUGUGGUCAUUAGAGAGCCCACAACCCCUAAAUCAUUCUUGCUGACAUCUCAGCCCAAAGAGUCAAAGAAGGAAGCUGGUGAUGAGACUUCUCAUUCUGACCCUGAAGAAUACACCAUGCCUGUCAGCAGCUGGUCUGCACGUCCUUUCCUGGGCUAUGACUGGUUUGCAGGGCUCCUAGAUACAAACUCUUCAGUGACAGAAAAAUCUGACCAGUAUUUUGCUGAGUUGCACGAGUUCCGACAGGCCAACAAAGCAGCGUGUAUCCAUGAGGAACACCUGGAGCCCAAGGCUCUGGAUGACACAGUUCCUGAACAAGAAGCAGAUUUGAUAACCAGUUCCCAUAAAUGUGUUUACUGCUACCGAUUAAACCGGCGCCUCUUCCCUGUCCCUGUGGAUUCAGCAUCUGCCUGCCCUGUGUGUAAGGUCCCACGUGCUCACCAGCCCCUGGAGAACCUGGAAGAGCCAGCCUUUGUCAGGGUCAGCAUUCCCAGAUCUACCCUUAUGCCUGCCUACAAGUACAGAGCCCAUCGCAGGAAGAGCCUUGAGCCAGCUGACACUCUGGCACUACCUUCGCAUUGCCUGGCUGGCUGGGAAAAUGUCAUCCCUUCCAGCAACCCCCCGCUCAGCAGCCUGGAUCUGUGGGCUUCCCUGGAGGAGCAGCCUUCUCACCAUCCUCACCUGAAGCUGGGGUCCAGAAUGUCAGGAGGAACCAGAACUGACCAGCUUCUGAACCUGACCCACUUGACACGCCUCAGAUUGAGCAGUGCUUCUCAGCAGAGGGAGCAAAACAAACAGGGACACCACAGACCACCUCCAAAUUCAAACCUGACUGCCUCAACUCUGUGAAGCACUGACUUGAUUGCCCUGGGGACAGAUGGGUGCAAGGUGUGGAAGCAACUCGGGAUCAAAAUAAAUCUUUCAACAGAUUCCUCCUAGUUCUCGAGGUCGUGUGUGUACGUGAGCAAGCAGUACACGUAAAUCAGAGUCUGUAUCUUCAUCUGUGGUUUUUCCCUUUCUAAUUUCCCUUUUGCAGCCACUUCUAAGCAGGUGCAUGAGCUUUCCCACCUAGUGCUGAUAAAGUGAUGUGUGCAGGAUGACUAACUAGUACUGUUACCACUAGGACAGCUGUAGCAAGGGAGUUCAUCUGCCACCUCAACUGAAUAAACCGGUUUAUAACGUGAACUCUGACUGCCAUGAGGAGUUGGCCUGUGAGUGGCCUGGUUCAGUGGAAUGCAUACAGAUAUUUUAAUUUCACAGUGUUGGAAGCAUGAUGCAUAAUUUGCUAGUGCCUUGAACUUGAGUUACUCGAUAAUGUAUUUAAAGCAAGAAAAGAUCCAGUUUCUUUUCAGUGCAAUAUCUGUAGCCACAGGGUGCGUUACCUCAGUCAUUCUGAAUGUGAAAAACCAUGUUAAAAUGAGAUGUUAUUCAUCAAAACCUAGACAGUGCCUUAAAAUGUCUGCAAGUGAUGCUUGCUCUGCUUUUCCAAGUUCUUUCAGAGAUAAAUCAAAACAUUUGGAGUUUUAAAACGGUACCAAACCAAACUAUAAUGUGAUUUGUCUGAACUUUAUAGGCUGAUUUCACUUUCCUUGUCUAAAACCAAUAAAACUGAUGUUUUCUUUUCCCUCAAAUAAGCCUGAAACAGAAAUUCCUGCUUCAAAUUUCUUUCUGGGAGCUAACUCAACAGAAGGAAUUUGGUUUAGGCUACAGAUAUUUUCAGCUUCUUGGCAUUCACUGUUAUUUAUAGAUCAACUACAUUACUUAUGAAAUCAAAUGCAUGAAUAGACUUUUUUAAAGCAAGGGAAGGAACAUUACAAGUUUAUGAAAUCUUAAUGUAAGGUUUAGAAUGGAAAAGCAUGGCUGGUUGAGCUUUUGGUUGGGCAUAUGUGGGGUAAAGGGAAUGGAAGUGGUCAUGUUAUUUCUGUAUUGAAAAUCCUUAUUUAAAGAAGUUAAUGCAGUCAAUAAAAAACACCAGCUGUCAAAUGUUUUACUAAAUA